AUGCUAAGUACUAAUAGUAGUAAUAGUAAUAGUGCUAAUGAAGAUUUAAGGUUACAAGAAUGUUUUUCAGAUGAUAAUGGGAGGACUUCAUCUAGAUAUAGAGAUAAUCAUUUAAAGUUGAAUAAAUUAAGCCAUUUGGAAGGAUCAAUUGAAGAGACAGUUACUACUGGAGUCAAGUGUGAGUGGGUUGGAGAUGUUGUCACAAUGAGGAAGAAACAAUUAUUUACUUUUGAACACAUUCAUUUGGUUGAUUCUCCUUCUGUUGCUGCUGUACAUAGAGUAUUCCCAAAACAUCAAAGGAAUGCCAAUAUACAAUAUUUAGAUUAUAUUGGACAACCUGUUGUUUUAUACCAUGAAGUUUUCUCACAAUUUCUCAGAGAUUGUUCAACCAUUGAAGUGGAUAUGGAAAUAUGUAAAGAAGUUCUUUCUUUUGUGAAGGUCAUGUCAGAAUUUUACACAGAUGAGAAAUGUAGACAACAGAUUAUAAAUGGAGAUGCACAUAACUUAUGUGCUAGAGAAAAUGGAUCACCAAAUUUGCUAGAAGUUCAAGAUAAUGUUAUAUUUGGAUGGAAAAUAAUCAUUAUGGAAGCAGUAGGUGGAGAAGUAAGUGAACAAGAAGAAGCUGAAUUUAAGCAAGAAGCAAUUGACCAAAUUCACCAAAUAUUG